CAAAUUAUUCACGUAACAGAAAUAAGAUGUUCUUUACGAACACAUAAAUAUCUAUAUUACACAUUGCAGUAAAACACGAAACUGUAAGUGCACGCUAGAGACGAGAGAAGAAAACGUAUCAGUCAACGAAUAUCAUGCUGACGAUGGACUGCUUGAUUUAUUCCACAACCGCGCUGGUAAUAUGCCUCAGCCUCUUCUACGUGUACGCCAAAUAUAAGCUGUCCUACUGGAGUAGACGUGGAGUAAAGAGCCCACCGACGCAUCUGUUAUUCGGCAAUUUCAAGGAGUGUGUCACCCUGCAAAAACCACCGGCUGAAAUAUUGCGUGAAAUCUUCAACAGUGCCGAUUCGGAUGAUCCCUACAUCGGUUUUUAUAUCUUUCACAAGCCCAUGCUGCUCUUGCGGGACCAUGAUCUGAUCAAACAGGUGAUGAUCAAGGAUUUCGAUGUCUUUCCAAAUCGACGAUUCGGUUCAGGCCUAGAGAGAGACGCGGUAGGUCUAAACAGCAUCCUAUCCAUAAAGCAGCCAAGAUGGAGAUACCUGAGAAACAAACUCACUCCUAUUUUGACUGGGCAGAAACUAAAAAAUAUGGUAUCACUAAUGACAGAAUGCGGGAAAUGCAUGUUGAAUUUCAUCGAGAAAUUGCCCACGGACGAAGCUGGUAGGAAAGAGUGGGAAGCAAAAGAUAUGGGCAGUCGUUACACCAAUGAUGUCAUAGCUUCCCUGGCGUUUGGCAUUAGCAUAAAUUCUUUCGACGAGAAAGAAACUAACUUCUUGAACCAUGGUGCGGGGAUCUUCAGAGGAUUCAUGCGCAGCAUUAUAUUUAUUAUCUUUUUCUUCAUUCCCGAAUGGGAUUUCUUGACCGCACCAUUCAUUAAAAAACCGGCAAACUAUUUCGCGAGAUUUUUGGGACUCCAUGAAUACCAGAGAAAGGCUGGCGUUUCAAGAGAGGAGACAUGA